ACCAGACUCGAACGGAUAUACCGUUCGAGCUGCCGGUGCCUCAUCUUGCCCCGGUCCAUAUCGUACAAGGCCACUGUGGAGGCUGUAUUUCUACAGAUGCCUAUAUCGGUGCCAUCACCGCCGUGGCUGGGCCUGGUGAAUAUACUCGGCCGAGCCCGCAUACCGUUUCAGCACCAAUCGUCAUUGUUGAGAAGUGCGAGUUUACGACGCCAGUCGUUGCUGAGCAGCAUAGUGGGCGUCUCGACGUGUUGUCCCCCGGGUGGCCUAAGGGGGGAUUACCACUGUGGACCACAGCCUGCAACCCCUGGUCCGCACCGCCGGCAGUGUCGCCGACCGUAACAUACACCGGGAAGCCACGGCGAUUGAUCCUCCGCUUUCCGAAUCGGGACUCCAGCAGUUGCAAGCGCUCCGACACCAUAGUAUCGGAAGGAGUAUGCCGGACGGAUAACCCAGCACCGGCCCUGCUGGCGUUCCAGAGCCGUGUGUCUAGGGAUAACACCGCCCGGUAUUUGUGUGGGUUCAUGAGCGAGACGGCCUAUGUACGCAUGCUACGCACACACGACGAACGCAUGAUAGUCGCGGCGUGCCUGUACACAUGCAUCCUGCAGUACACGGACCUGGGGGCACAGUUGAUGUUGGACCUAUGCCUCAAGCACGAGCCCGAACCGGUUGUGGUGUCGGCAAUCGACAAACUCACCCGCAUGGUUGCACAGACGACCAUGUCGAAGAUCCGCAAGAUUACCGGCAAGACGAUGUUGGUGACCGUGACAUCCAAGGAACUGAUUGUGCCGCUAGCGGGCGUAGAGCUGUCAAAACGGACGAUUUAA